UGCCAAUCCUACCUAAUCCUAUUGUCAAUGUCACAUUUUAGACAUGUUUUGUUUAACGGCGUGCUAAAUGGUGUUCAAACGAUAAUAUUUUAUCAUUAACUAAUAGUACAAAAGUCACUAGUAAUUUAUAUUGAAAUCGCAAGUCAUAUUGUACUACAAUGGCUUCGGGACUAGAAAAUUAUGUGAACCAAACAGUGUCAGUGAUAACUUCUGACGGUCGAAACUUUAUUGGAACUUUAAAAGGAUUUGACCAAACUAUUAAUAUAAUAUUGGAUGAAUCGCACGAAAGAGUGUUUUCUUCUUCGUCUGGUGUGGCGCAGGUGGUGCUUGGACUUCACAUAAUACGCGGUGACAAUGUAGCAAUCGUUGGUCAAAUAGAUGAAUCAAUAGACAGCAGACUAGACCUGGGAAAUAUCAAAGCAGAACCGUUGGGGUCUAUUGUUCACUAAUAACUUUAAGAAUAACAUGUAAUAAAUAAGUUUAUUUCCUU